GUGUUGUCACGUUUCCUGAUUGGAGGGCGUGGUAUCAUUCCUCUCGGCUGGCUGACUUCUUAGCUAGUAGCUGCUGUUGUCUGAGUGCAUGUGUGCCAAGGAGAGGGCGGGGAUAAGGCUACAGAACGCAGCCCCAAUUCCGCUGAUAAGCAGCUGCCACAUAGAGAAAGUUAUCCCGUGCAUCGUACGGCUGCAGGAAAUGUGUCCGAUCUGCUACUCUGAAACUCGGUGGAAGACAGUCACUGCAGGCUGAGCUGCUGCACGAGCUCUCUGUUCUCUGCCUGGCUGCUGCACUGGAAUGGCCUGUGAACUCAUGGCUCUUCAAAGUUCUCAAGAUGAUGAACAUCCCAUGUCACCUUUUUACGUGAGUGGUGACGUGGCUCAAGUCAACGUUCCUGCUGACAGAGACAAAAACAGCGUGCAGAGAGGAGCGAUCAGCGCCACAACCCCCUAGGCAACGAGCUUACCUGCAGCAGAUCGCCGAUCCUCGCCGACACCCUUCUCCAGGAGCGACACAGACGCAGCAACAGCUUCCUUGUCGCAGGACCCGGACCUCACGUGUUCCAGCGCCGCCCACGCACUUCCUGCUGCUCUGACUCAUCGAUCCUGGACCCUACAGCUCUGAAAAGGACCCCCUUCAUCUAGAUUCGGGAAAUAACUAACAAGGAAAACAUCCCUUCAGGGUGUGGCAGUUUGGGUGCUUGUGGCCUUGCAAAGGAAGCAGAGAAACUCCAGGAAAAUUGUUCUGGGUACAUCGAGGAAAGAAGCAAACCGAAGAGGCAGAAAUCAAGCAGCAAGCUUUCUGAGCUCAAUGAAAAUAAAGAUAGCCCACUGAGUACAGAACAUUUACUUAAAUCAAGAAGUGUAGACAUACAAGAGCUCACCGGCAUGGAAGUAUUGUCAGAAGCAAGCAGCAAAGAAAUGAGUAGUGAUCAAGAAUAUUCAAGAAUCUCCCUGGCAGCAAAAAUGAAAAUUCAGGAACAAAAGAAUAAUUCUGAAUCAAGACCGCAAAGACGGCUAGAGGCUGAAGAGAGCUUUGUUCCUGAGGUGCCUCGGCUGGAUCUCACAUCACUGUGUGAUGACAGUAACUGGGAAGAGCCAGUUCCAGCCUUGACCUCUUGGGAGCAAGAUGGAAGAGACUCAGAUGAGGCCCGGUUGUCUCCUCAGGCAGGACGCCUUAUUCGCCAACUUCUUGAAGCAGACGGUGACCCUAUGUUGUCUCCUCGUUUUUAUGCAUAUGGCCACGGUCAUCUUGAUGACCCUGAAGUGCCCCCCUCACCUCCAAACGCACAUUCUUUUAUGAGGAGGCGCAGCUCUUCUCUGGGUUCACAUGAAGAGGAUCGAGAUGAGGACCUUACACCAGCACAGCUCACUCGCAAAAUCCAGAACAUCAAAAAGAAAAUCCGCAAGUUUGAAGAUAAAUUUGAAGAAGACCGAAAAUACAGACCAUCUCAUCGGGACAAAGCUACAAACCCUGAAGUAUUGAAAUGGAUGAAUGAACUGGCAAAGUUCCGGAAGCAGUUGAAAGAGACAAAAAUCAAGCUGUCAGAAGAAGACCUUGUUCCUCAGAUGCGCCAGAGAAGCAAUACACUACCAAAAAGUUUCGGCUCUCAGCUUGACAGAGAGGAGGAAAAGAAACCAGAGACGGUAGAAAAGCCUGCCAAGCCCUCAAUAGAAGCAACAAUGGAGGCAAUCCAAAAAAAGCUUCAAGAAAAAAGGAAUGAAGUCAGUCGGCCUGAAGACGUAAAGGAUAUGACUAGAGAUCAGAUUGCCGCAGAGAAAGUGUCUCUUCAGAAAGCCCUACUUUACUUUGAAAGUAUUUACAGUAGACCGGUAACCAAGAACGAGAGACAAGUAAUGAAGCCAUUGUAUGACAGAUACAGACUUUUUAAGCAGAUUCUAUGUCGAGCCAACACUAUCCCAGUCAUUGGAUCACCCUCAAGCAAGCGGAGAAGCCCUUUGCUGCAGCCAAUUAUCGAGGGUCAAACAGCAUCCUUCUUCCAGGAGGAAGAAGAGGAAGGAUCGGAAGAUGACAGCAAUGGGAACACAGAUUUUACAGUUACAAUGAAGCCUGGUUUCAGCGUGAGAACUUUUUUGGAGCAGCUAGAAGAUGAUGCAGAUGGCUUUGUGUCUCCAGUGGAUGACAACCUUCCUUCUAAAAGCAGCCAAGAUCUCGGACUCGGCAGCCUUCAUUCUGCAUCAAUCCCAGAGCUCUUCGAGCAGCUACAGGAAGCAAGGGAAGAGAAAAAGAGGAUCCGAAAAGUGCUGAGAGAUUUUGAAGAUAAUUUUCUGAGGCAAAAUGGAAGGAAUGUGCAAAAAGAAGACCGGAACCCCAUGGCUGCAGACUACAUUGAGUACAAGAACAUAAAAGCCAAACUUCGUCUGUUGGAAGUCCUAAUAAACAAGAGGGGUGUUUCCCAGACCAUGUGAUUGCAGAGUGAACAUUCCAGAAUCGAAACGGUAUACAUCCCGUGGCUGCACUACAUUGUGUUUAGCAGGUUCUAGACAGAGAAUCGUGCGUCUCUGUUGAACACCAAAUCCCGCUUUACCAUAAGGGAGCAUGCUUUCUCCUGCUCAAGGAUGGCCGUGUGUGUUUCACCCCAAAGUCUUGGUAUGCUAGGAGACUGCUUUCUAUCCCCUUUUUUAUCAUGAAUGUGCAGUUCUUGGAACAUAUCAUAAUUGCCUCUUGAAUUGGGUCCCACUUUGACUCAUUAUAUAUGGGUAAGAACUAAUGGUCCAUGAAGCACUUGACUGCUCUUAGCAGAACAAGGGGACCGACGUCACAGAUAUUUAACUCCUUUGGCCAAUUCAACUGUUUUAAAUAAAUGAUGCAGCAUAAAUUUAAUCAAAAGCUACAAUCUGUGCAUGGAGAAAACCUGUCCUAAGGCUGAAGCUUAGCAUUAUGUUUAUCCCUAUAAGGACUACUACUGUACUUAUGUUUCUACUGCUUGGAUACAAGCCACUACUUGGUCUUUACAGUCACAGCUCCGCCACUGUAUAACUGGCAUUCUGCUGGUUGUUAUUUCUUUAAUCUGUUCUAAUUUCAUGUUGCACUGAUGAACAGCAGGGGCUAGACUUUAUUCUUCUCUAUUAUAACACAAAGAAGUAAAACGUGGGCUGCACAUAUCCAUUGUAGUGUGCUGUCCACUUUAACACUACUGGACCUCAGGCAUGCAAAUUUCUACGUUAUCCGACUGGAAUGCUUGGCCUUCAAAACAAUUUCAUAUCUUCAUUCCUUGCCCUUUCAGGGGAAAAUUGUAUUGUUGUCCUCUCUUUGGAUCACAUCUGAAAAGUAAAAUACGGAGCUACAGAUUAUUCUGAAUAUCCAGGGGAGAAAAACAUUUUAAGCAGCCUCUUGGCUUUGCGUCUUUUUCAUCCGAUGGACCCUUUUUAAAAAUCAAAGUGAUCUUUCUAGAUUUUCUUAACCCUUUCAAUCAGAUAAUCGAUUAUGAUUCUGUUAAUAUAGGCCUUGGGGUUAAAUGUGUGCAAAAAUUCCCCCUCUCCCUUACCCCUUUUUGCAGCAUGCACUUUCUUUUUAUAUUAUGUGAUGCAUAUAUAUAUAUAUA